AUGGUUGUAGAAGCCGAUAGCCUGAGAAAAGCUGGCUUCAAAGGCGACAUCAUUGACGCCAGCUCUUCAGAGUUUACCGAUGCCUCAAAGCGCUUCUCUGCCAUUUUCAAUGCCAAAGCCAAACUCAUUGCUUUUCCCGGAACUGCCGAGGAUGUCUCCACUGCAGUUCUCUUUGCGGGCCGGACCAAUCUUCCUCUUGCCGUCAAGUGUGGUGGUCACCAUGCAGGCGGCGCCAGUGCUGUGGAUAACGGUCUUGUGAUUGAUCUUUCGCACUUGAAAGGUGUCAAGAUCAACAAAGAGCGGUCCGAAGUGACAGUUGCUGGAGGAUGUCUGUGGGGGGAGGUCUAUACCGCUCUCCGUGACGAGGGUUUAGCCUGUGUUGGGGGAGGAGUACACAACGUUGGCGUUGGUGGCCACUUGUUAGGUGGUGGUUAUGGUCCGUUGACUCAAAGAUAUGGCAUGGCAUGUGACAACCUGGUCUCUGCCACCGUUGUUUUGGCCAACGGAAAAAUUGUUCAAGCAAGCGACAAGCAGAACCCGGAUCUAUUCUGGGGUAUAAAAGGUGCCUCGUCAAACUUUGGCAUCGCCGUCGAGCUUGUCCUCAAGACCUUUCCAGACCCUGGACAGUGGGUAUUCCGAUCACUCGCAUUUUCUCCCGACGACAUGCCAACUUUGGUCCCUCGAUUUGUCCAACAUGUCAAUGCCUACCAACUGAACGGCGAUGUCGUUAUUGUAUUUCUCAACUUUGUCCGAGGGCCAGGAAACAAGCCACUUGUGCUUCUCAACUUUACGCUGCAAGGAACAGUCGACCAGUUCUCAGACAUUUUCAGCUUCUUCUUGGACGGAAUGAAACCGCUCAAUGACUCUUUAACAACCUUCCCCUCUUUGGUGGAGCUCAGUCACUGCCUCGAUGACCUGUUGCUUGAUGGGCCGCCCAGAAUAGCGACCGGAGCACUCCCUGUGACGAAUAUCACACCUACGCUUGUGUACAAACUCUGGGAGCGAUGGCUAGAGUACACGGACAGAUACUCUGAUGCUUCCUUCACCAAGGUCGUGUUCGAGAUGCACAAGGCAAAGCGUGUUCGUCCGGAGGCCAGCUGCAUUCGUGCCGCAGAUCAAGGCCACAGCAUGAUUCUCAUUAGCGAAGAGCACAACGACCCAAGUCACGAUACAACCGCACUCCAGUGGGUUCAUGAGGGUAACCAGCUCGUUCGACAACAGCAGAUUCAAGACUGGGGCAAAGAUCUCGGCGUGUGGGCCAAUGCAUCUAUGCCAACAGAAACCGCCGAGGAUUGCUGGGGACAGAAUUACCCUCGUCUUCAGAAGCUCAAGGCAAAGUAUGAUCCUGGAUACCUCUUUGACAAGUACUGGCACAUAGAGCCAAGCUAUGCACACAUUUAA